GCGAUACAUUUUUUUGCUUUUUUUUUGGUGAUAAAUUCUUCGAAUAUUUUUGAUUAUUUUGAUUCAAGUGAAAAAUGAAUUUAACUUGUCAAAUUGAACAUUCAUUUGAUUGUCAUCAAGGUGCUAUACGUAAAGUUACAUUGAAUGUUGAUGGUGAAUACUGUCUUACAUGUGGUAGUGAUAAAACAAUAAAAUUAUGGAAUCCCCGAAAACAAUUAUUAUUGAAAACCUAUUCCGGACAUGGUUUUGAAGUAAUGGAUGUUGAUUGUUCUUGUGAUAGUAGUCAACUAAUAUCGGGUAGUCAUGAUAAAACUUUGAUUUUAUGGGAUGUAACAACUGGUCAACCAUUGCGUCGUUUACGUGCACAUAUUGCUGUUGUUAAUGUUGUUCGUUUUAAUGAAGAUUCAACUGUAUUUGUUUCCGGAUCAUUAGAUGGUAUGGUUAAAAUAUGGGAUGGAAAAAGUAAUUCCAGAGAACCAAUCCAAGUACUGGAUGAAGCAAAAGAUAGUAUAUCAUAUUUAGCUAUAACUGAUCAUGAAAUUGCAACCGUUUCAUUGGAUCAUCAUUUACGUCGUUAUGAUAUACGAAAAGGAAUUAUGGAAGCUGAUAAUCUGCAUUCACCAUUAACAUAUGUAAAUUUUACAAACGAUAGUCAAUGUAUGCUGGUUAGUGGUAUGAAUAAUCUAUUGAAACUUGUUGAUAAAUCAAGUGGCCAAAUUCUAGCAUCAUUCGAAGGCCAUUUAAAUCAAAAAUAUCGUAUCGAUAAUGGUUUUCUUGAUAAUGAUUCAUUAAUCAUAUCUGGUUCGGAAGAUGGAAAUAUUUAUAUUUGGUCAUUACUUGAAGGUACAAUUUUGACCAAAUUACAGCACAAACAAAAAGUGAUACAUACAUUUGCUAUACAUCCUACUAAAAUGGAAUUAAUAAGCGGUGCUGAAAAUAAAGUUCAUAUUUGGCAAAUUACAAAAAAAACAAAUUGAAAUGAAAACGAAACAAAUUAAAAUGUUAUUAUUAUUCAGUAUAUUGG